AUGGCCGAAAUGGAUGUAUUACAAUCAAAGAUUAUCCAACAAAUCGAAGCUUAUUUAACUGAAGAUAAUCUUAGAAAUGAUUAUAAAUUAGCUAAAUAUGAACAUGAAAAUGAUGGUUGGAUACCAAUUGAAGAUUUAAAUCAAUUUAAUAAAUUAUCAACAUAUAAAUAUGAUACAAUUCUUAAUGCAAUAAAUUCAAAACGAUCAAAUAUUAUUGAAUUAAAUUUAUGUGAACCAAUAUGUAUACGUCGUCGACGUCAACCAUUAAUAGAAUCAACAUUUGAACAAAAUCCAUAUUUAUAUCAAACUGUUGUUGUUAAUGGUUUACCACGUGAUGUUAAACAUGAAGAAUUAAUGGAAUUUUUCAAUCGUUUUUAUCCUGUUUAUAAAAUCAAAAUGCUUUCAUCAACACGAACAACAAAUUCUUUUAGUGGAAAAAUUCAUGUGAUAUUUGAAAAAAGUCAAGAUGCUUUCACAUUUGUUCAAAGAUCAGAAUUUACAUCAAUUAUAUAUGUAAAUGAUUAUGUACUUCAAUUAUGUAAUGGUUAUACACUUGUCUGUAAAUUAUUAGUUGAUUGUGAUGAUCGAGAUCAACUUGAUUUAAUCAAACAAACAGAACAAUUACGUUUUCGUAAUGGACAAUCAUUUUCUCAUCGACUUGCCAGUUGUCCACUACGUGUUUCUUUCAAUACAAAUGUUUCAUUAUCAAAAAAUGAUGAUGCACGUCGAAAAUCUCAAGCAAUAAUAUCUCAAACAAAAUCCUGUUUAAAAUCAAGUACAUGUGCAACAGAACAAAUAUUAUUUUGUCAAAAUCCAAUUGAUAGUAAAUUAUCCACAGCACUUCUAUAUAAAAAUCAACCAAUUGUUACGAACUGUUUUUCAUAUGAUUUUUAUUUUCCUGAUCAUCUUCUUCAACAAACUCAUGAAUGUAUGAUUAUAGCAGCGUUAAAUCCUCAUUGUUUUACAGUACAACUUAAACAAGAUGCGAUUGAAUUUGAUAAAUUUCAACGUGAAAUUAAUGAUUUUUAUAAUACAAUCGAUGAUAAAAAAUAUUUUAUUCCAUUAGAACAAAUUCAAAAGAAUUUAUGUGUUAUAUGUGCUGAUCCAAAAUCUGCGGAUAAUGAUAAAAUUUGGAAUCGUUCACAAAUACUUGAUUUUGAUAUAAAUGAUCAAACAGUUAAUUUAUUUUACGUUGAUUUAGGUACAUGGGAUGAAUAUGUACCAAUAAAUCGUCUUCGUUAUUUAAUUGAUAGUUUUCAUCAUCAUUUAGUUUUUUCAUUAACAUGUCGUUUAGCUCAUAUAUCACCAAUAGAUAAUGAUACGAAAAUUGUAACAUGGCCAGAUGAUGCAAUAGAUCAAUUUUUAGCUGUUAUUAAUCAAGUUGUACCUGAAAUUGAACUUUUAGCAUUUGGAAAUGAUGGAUUAUUUCAAACAAAUUUAUUUGUUAUUAAUUCAGGACAAUAUGUUUGUGUAAAUGAUUAUAUGAUACAUAUUAAAAAAGCGAAAGCAAUUUUACAAUCAACAGAUAUAGAUGAUAAUAAUCAAAAUAUCACUCAAUCUGAUAAACAAGGUACUGUUAAUCAUGGUCCAAUAAUUCAUCCAGUAAUUGCUUUAUACAAUCAAUUAGGAGAAAUUUUAAAACGAUCUAUUAUAAAAUCUCGUUCAACUAUUCUCAAUAAUUCAUCGAUUUCAAUAAAACCUCUUGUAAAACUUAUUCAUACUAAUACACAAAUAAAUAAUAUUCCUCAAAAACUACCUCUUAUCUUUAUACAUUAUGAAAAAUCUAUUCUUAUACCUGAUUUCAAUAUUUGUUCUUUACUUAAAAUGAUUAAUCCAAAUAUUGAUACUGAUAUUAUCGAAGAUUAUGUAAGUACACAUACAAUAUCAUUAUACAAA